CAGACAGCAAAAUGCCAGAGUUAAUAGAGCAAAUGUAUUGCUCGCAGCAGAUCGUGAUUCCGCCGAAAUUUCCUUAUAUUCUAAAAAGGUAUUGUAAAGCGGCCAUAAAAACCCAACCUUAUGACCUUCUGCGAUGGUCCUUCGAGUAUUUUACGGCGCUGGCCGAGAAGAGACCACCUCCAGUGAAGCUGAGGUUGGAGUACCCUGUCUAUAGCACGGAGGGGGGGUUGAGUAGGGGAUGCUUGAAGGUUCUUGCGUGCCAGCUUGGCAGCUCCACAGUGCUACCCUUGAAGUCGGUGAAACGUGCUUGGAGGGGUUUCUGCCUGGACCCCCUCGAGCUGAAGCGGAUAUUCUGCCUCUGCGAGGUCUACAUGAGGGAGGAUGUGGUGUCGUACUUCCAUUUUAUUGCGGUAGCGGGCGGGCUUUUAACUAAGUCUCUGACCCACACGAUGAUACUCCUCUGCGAGACGCUUACGAAGGAACCAGACGGCGGUUCGGCCGCCAUUCCGGUCCAGGAUUUCCUCAUGAUGUACCGGUUCCUGGCUGCGAUGGACGCCUCGAAGGAUGUGAAGUAUAUGGACGGGUAUCGUGAAGGUGACUCUUCUAAAAAAGAAGAGAGUAUUGAAGAAGAGGAAGAAAUUAGUCAAGAAGAGAACGCAGCUCAGGAUGAGAAAAAACUUCGCGAGAUGAGCGGUUCGAAAAUUGGUCUCGGCGAAUCGAAAAAGGACGGCAUGGUGGCCGGGCGCCAAAUGUCGACAACUAGCGGCGAGUUUAUUGUACAGCAUAUUGAAAAAGACAUCAUGGACUAUAUCAAUGAGCAGAUUGCUAUUCUGCCUGACCCUGACCUGAAGAAGAAGAAGGCGAAACCGGAGGAGGUGGCCAUGAUCCGCGACAUCCUGGAGACGUUCCUCGAUGAGAACAUGGACAUCAUAGCGCCGGAGGUUGAGGAGGCGGAGGCUGAGGAACAACCUAUACCUGAAAUAACAGUGGUGUACGCAGUGCCUGGUAUAGGUCCACCUGUCGAUCUAGAUAUAAUUGAGGACUUUGAGAACUACAUUCUGGAAGUUUCCAAGGUGCAGGGGGACGUGGUGAUGCCCAGGAACAUCAGGCACUUCAUGUGUCCACCUCUGGAGAAAUAUGAAGAGUAUAAAUAUGAAGAGUCGGCACCAAAGAAGGAAGAGGUUCCAAUGACGGGUGUCAUUACUGAUUGAAGGAGAGAGUUGAAAUAGUUGAAAUGCACUGUCCCUCUCUAACGCAACUUUUGAUAUUUUUAUUACUUGUAUUGAAUAACUUUUGUUUGCAAAACAAAAAAAAAUCGCAAUUUAAUACAAAUCAUGAUUUUAUAGCAAAAAAAAUCUUCUCAAGCCACAUUAUUAGUGUUAUUUGAAAUAAUUGUUAAAAUCGAUAUAGUAAUUUCACUGAAAAAGGAGGGAAAGGUUAGCAGAUAUGUAGAAAGUGUUUAGUAAUUAAAUCACAUUUUAAAUCCGUUAAAUAAGGUA